AUGCCAAGAGCUCCAAGAACUUACUCUAAGACCUACUCUACCCCAAAGAGACCAUAUGAAUCAUCUCGUCUAGAUGCUGAAAUGAAGCUAGCUGGUGAAUUCGGUCUAAAGAACAAGAGAGAGAUCUACAGAAUUUCUUUCCAAUUGUCUAAGAUUCGUCGUGCUGCUAGAGAUCUAUUAACCAGAGAUGAAAAAGACCCAAAGAGAUUGUUCGAAGGUAAUGCUUUGAUCAGAAGACUAGUCAGAAUUGGUGUCUUAUCUGAAGAUAAGAAGAAACUGGAUUAUGUCUUGGCUCUAAAGGUUGAAGAUUUCUUGGAAAGAAGACUACAAACUCAAGUUUACAAGCUAGGUCUAGCUAAGUCUGUCCAUCACGCUAGAGUCUUGAUUUCUCAAAGACACAUCGCUGUUGGUAAGCAAAUUGUUAACGUUGCUUCCUUCAUGGUCAGAUUGGACUCUGAAAAGCACAUUGACUUUGCUCCAACCUCUCCAUUCGGUGGUGCUAGACCAGGUAGAGUUGCUAGAAAGCAUGCCGGUAAGCCAGCUGAAGAAGGUGAAGCUGAAGAAGCUGACGAAGAAUAG